ACUCCGGGGGAUGCGGCAGAAUGCUGGCUGAAAGAGUUUAUUGGGGUUAUCGAAACCGGAGGGGACGUUGACGGAAUGGUCAGCGGCGUGCUCUGGCAGUAGCUAUGGGCAAGUCAUGUGGGCGGGGAUGUGCUUUCAUUUGGGAUUGGAUGUUGUGGGUGGGAGUAUCCGGUUUCUGGGGUUCGGCAGGUGGUGGAUCUCUUGUUCUUUGUUUUGAUACCUGAUCUAGGUGGAGGCUGACCGCUGUACAUAUCAUUCACUUUCUGCCUGUUCAUGGCACCUGUAUAUACCACAUUGUUACAACCGUUACCAGGGGAGCGGUCACACAGCCCACCUUCUGGACCGAUUGCAUUUCAUAACAUGCUCGAUUUCUGUCUACGAACUCAUUAUGUCGUUGCGCGGCCUAGGUCUUUUGGCAACCACACUUCAUCAAAGAUCUAUAUCUUCUCACUCCGCUGGCAGCCGACACAAAACUCUAUGCUCGCAAAAUCAACAGACAAUCCAUCAUAUCUUUCGGCGAACAACAUGAAUGCCCAGACGGAAUCCCAGGCCGAUGGCUCGGAGCCGAGCACCCCCACGGACAUACCCUUGGUUGAGCUAAGGGUGUCCCCAGCGCCGCCUUCUUACGGAGCUAUUGCCAUAACGAACACCGAGAUUGCAAACGACGCUCCUGAUACGAAUGACUUGGCGGCAACCAGCGACCGAGGCAAUGCAGGUGGCCCUCUGCCGGGCCUUCUGGACAUUCUCUUGCUGGAAAAUUGCGGGUGCAACAUAGAGCGCGAUGGCCGAAACUAUCAUUCCCGCGGCUGCGAGCUGCGCUUAGGCUUGAUAUGCCUCGCCCUGUACGUGGCCACCACCGCGACGUUAGUCGUUAUGGUGUGGGCCAUGGGUAAUAAGACUUGAGUCGUGCUUCAGGGGUCCCUCAGUCGCAGCCAUGUGCUUGGUAGCUCUCUAUACACGGUUUUGCCCUGCUUGGCUCCCCAAUGAGGGUUCUGGUUCUGGGUAGCAGUCGUUCCCGUACCCCAAGAGACCAUAUCCUUCGACCUAGCAUUCAUUAGCUCGAGCAAGGUGGCGUAGCGGUGUGUCAAUAUCCAGAAUGGUGUCCCUCACGCC